UAGAUUCUCUCGGUUGUAUCCUGUUGUGUGGCAAGACCCCUUCUUUCCCACAUAUUUCUCUCAAUCCCAUUCCGCAGAGCCGAUUAUGUUCCUUCCAACGCCCUUGUCCACCUCCCAUUCGCUCGAGAUAUGCUCACCCAUCAGAAUUCCAUUCUCCCCAUAUUGCCAGAUUACAAUGAUUACAUGCAUAUGCAUUGUCGUCCCGCCGCACCUUCCACCCCACCCCAGGUACCCAAACCCGAUAGAAUGCCACCUGCAACAAUGCCCAUUCGACACGAGAAAAAAAGUCGGAUAUAACUCUUGCGAACGAAAAGAUGCUCUAGUCGUCCCGCUUGACCGGCCGAUUGAGCGCCAUGCUGGCGGUGAAAUGCUCAAAGGUGGCAACGGCUUGUUUGCGCCAGGUGUCCGAGGGGCAGCGGACGUGGGAGGAGGCCUUUUUGUGCAGGGAGACGCCGGCGGCUUUGGUUGUUCUCGCCGGCGUUGUGGUUCGCUUCUUUGCGUGUGCUGGUGAUUGCGAGGGCGAUUUCGGUGUUGCGGAGGAGGAGGAGGAUAAGGAGGAG